AUAUAGUUUCCGAAUUUUGAUUAAAAUUUCAACUUAAAUUACCAACAAAAAAAUGGGAAAGAAGAACAAGUAUAAGGAGGAGGCAGCGCCAGCUCCCCAGCAGCCGCAGCAGCAGCAACAACAACAACAAACUCCACGUGCAGCCCCCGCACCCAGUCAGGCAGCAUCCACAAGUGGUGCAGGUCAACAGCCAGGUGGACAGCAAGCUCCUCAGGGCCAACAACAAGGAGGUUGGCAACAAAGCGGACAACAACGUGCACAAGGUGGACAGCAACGUCCCCAAGGUCAACAGCCAGGAGGUUGGCAACAAAGUGGACAACAACGUGGACAUGGUGGACAGCAAGGAGGUCAACAAAGCGGACAACAAGGCGGUUAUCAGCAGCGUGGACCACCGGGAGGUCAACCAGGCGGCUAUCAGCAACGUGGACCACCGGGAGGUCAACCAGGCGGCUAUCAGCAGCGCGGAGGUCAACAGGGAGGUCAACAAGGCGGUUAUCAACAGCGUGGAUCACAGGGAGGUCAACAGGGCGCUUAUCAACAGCGUGGCCCAGGAGCUGCUGCUCCACUACCACCGCAAGUAGGCACCAUCCCGCGUGGCACUUUGGGAAGACCUGGUCAAUGUGGUGUAAAUUAUUUGGAUGUAGAUAUGAGCAAAAUGCCAUCCGUGGCAUACCACUAUGACGUGACUCUUACUCCCGAGCGUCCCAAAAAGUUUUAUAGGAAUGCCUUUGAAGUGUUCCGAGUUCAAUUUCUAAACAAUAAAAUUGCUGCUUUCGAUGGACGUAAAUCUUGUUAUGCUGUGGAGAAGCUGCCCAACGUCUCGGGCGAAGUGGAGGUGAUCGAUCGUCAUGGCCGUACCGUUCACUACACUGUUACGGUCAAAGAGACGGAUAAUUCCACAGUGGAGCUCAGUUCACUACACAACUAUAUGAAGGAUAAGAUCUAUGACAAGCCCAUGCGGGCACUACAGUGUCUGGAGGUUGUACUUGCCGCGCCCUGCAACAUGCGUUCCAUACGCGCUGGUCGCUCUUUUUUUAAGACCUCAGACAAUGGCUCACGUGUCAGCCUGGGUGAUGGCUAUGAGGCAUUGGUCGGUCUCUAUCAGAGUUUCGUGCUGGGUGAUAAGCCCUUUGUAAAUGUGGACGUUUCACACAAAUCAUUUCCGAUUGCAGUGCCAGUGGCUGAAUAUAUCACUUCACAUGCACUAGGCAAUCGCGUAUCAGAUCUUCGCAAUUAUACAUUGACCGAUGGUGAUUUGUGGCGCAUAAUUCCCUUUAUUAAGGGCAUCAAUAUCGUCUAUGAGCCACCAAAAAGCUUUGCAACGGCUCCUCGAGUCUACAAGGUCAACGGCUUUUCGGCCCAACCGGCAUGUUCCCAGAAAUUUGAACUUGACGGCAAAACAAUGACUAUUGAGGCAUACUUUGCUUCACGCAACUACAAACUGCAGUACCCCAAGAUGCAGUGUCUGCACGUUGGGCCUCCAGUCAAGAACAUUUACUUACCAAUCGAACUGUGCCGCAUUGAGGAAGGACAAGCACUGAAUCGCAAAGAUGGCGUCAAUCAGGUCUCGGCAAUGAUCAAGUUUGCUGCCACAUCGACCACGGAACGCAAGAAUAAGAUAAUGAAUUUAUUGCAAUAUUUCAAUCACAAUGCUGAUCCCACUGUUAGUCGAUUUGGUAUACAUAUUGCUGGAGAUUUCAUCACGGUCAGCACACGAUGCCUCGCACCACCACAGCUGGAAUACAAAAACAACAAUUUUAAGGGGCCCAUGAAUGGGUCAUGGUACAUGGAUAGAUGUCAAUUUCUAAAGGUCAUUGAAAAGUCCCACAAAUGGGCUAUCUUAAAUUGUGACAGUUCACGCAUCCCCUACGGCAAGCUUUCUGAGAUGGAAUCACUAGUUGUAAGGCAAGCUAAAAAUGUCAACGUAUGCCUUGAGCCGAAAGCGGAUAUACGCAAUUUCAGGGACGAGAGAAACUUGGAUGAACAUUUCAAGGAGCUAAAGGGCAAAAAAUAUGAUUUGGUAUUUGUCAUCAUACCGACGCGUAAUGGUCCCACAUACGAUGUUAUCAAACAGAAGGCUGAACUCCAACAUGGCAUAUUGACACAGUGCAUUAAACAAUUUAGUCUUGAACGUCGUCUAAAUCCACAAUUGGUGGAUAACGUUCUAUUAAAGGUCAACUCAAAGCUAAAUGGUAUCAAUCACAAGAUCAAGGAUGAUGUCCGUACUAAGCUAUCCAAUGUGAUGUAUUUGGGUGCUGAUGUUGCACAUCCAUCACCCGAUCAACGUGACAUACCUAGCGUUGUCGGCGUAGCUGCAUCUCAUGAUCUAUUCGGAGCUUCAUACAACAUGCAGUAUAGACUACAAUGCGGCGGCGGUGGCGGUGCUCGGGAGGAAAUUGAAGAUAUGGAUGGCAUUGUUACCGAACAUUUGCGAGUCUAUCAUCAGUACCAUAAGCGUUAUCCGGAACAUAUUAUUUAUUAUCGCGAUGGUGUCAGCGAUGGACAGUUUAUGAAGAUUAAAAAUCUGGAGUUAAAGGGCAUUUACGCGGCCUGUUCCAAGCUGGGCAUUAAACCCAAAAUGUGCUGUGUGAUUGUUGUGAAGCGUCAUCACACACGCUUCUUUCCACUGGGUACGCCACAUCCAAGAAAUAAAUUCAACAAUGUGGAUCCAGGCACAGUUGUCGAUCGCACUAUUGUGCAUCCAAACGAGAUGCAAUUCUUUAUGGUUAGCCAUCAGUCUAUACAGGGUACCGCCAAGCCUACACGUUACAAUGUAAUUGAGAACACUGGAAAUUUAGACAUUGAUCUAUUGCAACAAUUGACUUAUAACUUGUGCCACAUGUUCCCGCGUUGCAAUCGUUCCGUAUCAUAUCCGGCACCGGCGUAUCUGGCUCAUUUGGCUGCCGCACGUGGCCGUGUCUACAUCUCCGGAACUCGACUAUCACGCUCGCCACAGGAAGAAUACAAACGUCGUUUGAUUAAUCCAGAGUUUAUGAAAAUGAAUCCGAUGUAUUUUGUGUAGAGAUAUGGCACUAUCAUAAUUUUUACAAGCAUUUCACAUUUUUCUAUAUUCAAAUAAUCUCUUCGACAAUUCAGUUAAAUUUUCCUAGAUCGAAUUACCCAAUACAAAAUUAUUAAAAUUCGCAAAUUGACCAUCCGCUUGGCAUUUGCUGCACUUCAGUAGGUGCUAUUUAUUCAGCAUAUUAUCUAACCAAAGAAUUCUUUGUUAAAUUCCAAGAAACUAUAGUUAAACAAAUCGGAUGAUUGGGAUAUACAAAUAAAAGUUCGAUUGCUAAAUUUAAAUUAGGGAUUAUGAGCUAGGGAAAUUUAACUGCAUAAUAAUCCACUGCUACGUCAACUUUUUUAAAAACCGAAAAAAGAAUGAAACGGCUUGAUAUAAUUAAUCAUAUUCAUUGGAUUUUUUUUUUAUUUUAUCACAUGUUUUAAACUAUAUAUUAUACAAUUAUUAUGCGCAAUCCCAGCUGGUUCUAGGUACGGCUUUAUUUUUUGAGAUUUCAAAGUGUGUACAUAAACAUUGUGUAGAACCAACCUAGAUUUGUUGUUUUUGCACAGUUUAAAAGAACUUAGGUAUGUGGGAAUAUAUGUUAAUUACAAAACGAAAAAUAUAAUAAAAUAAAGCAACUGCUUAGUUGACAAAACA